CGCAGCCUCCGCGCCUGACGUCCGCGAUAUCCGCCGCGCGCCGCGAGUCCAUGUGACCGACACAGUUGUUUCGUUGUGCCGCUGAACCAAGGAUCGGCAAGCUGUACGCGCCGCAGGAAGACGACAUGUUGACGAUGGAGACGGACCUCAAGGGCGGCAGCCUGCACGCCACGGUGCCGCCGCAGCACGCGCUGCAGCACGGGUACGGGUCCCUGAGCGCGCUGGGCGGCAUGAUGGGCUUGCCGCAGCCGCAACAGCACCAGGCGCAGCACCAGCUGCAGCACCACCAGCACCAGGCGCUGGCGCAGCACCACGCCGCGCCGCAGCAGCACCACCAGCCGCCCAACAACAACAACAACACCACCAGCAAGAACUCCAACGCGGAGCGCGUCAAGCGCCCCAUGAACGCGUUCAUGGUGUGGUCCCGCGGCCAGCGCAGGAAAAUGGCUUCGGAUAACCCGAAAAUGCACAACUCGGAAAUAUCGAAACGUCUGGGAGCCCAGUGGAAAGAUCUGUCGGAAUCCGAGAAGCGACCGUUCAUCGACGAGGCCAAGAGGCUCCGCGCCGUGCACAUGAAGGAGCAUCCGGAUUACAAAUACAGGCCGAGGAGAAAAACGAAGACUCUGGCGAAAAAACAAGAAAAGUAUCCCAUGGGCAGUGGCGGGCUCCUGGGGGCGAGCGACGGCCAGCGGUCGGCCGCACCGCCCCCGCAGCAGCCGCGCGACGUGUACCAGAUGACGCCCAACGGGUACAUGCCCAACGGGUACAUGAUGCACGACCCGGGCUCCUACCAGCAGCAGGCCUACGGCUACCCGCGCUACGACGUGGCCCAGAUGCAGCAGGGCUACGGCGGCUACUACGGCGGCCAGGGCUCACCCUACCUGCCGCAGCCGCCGUCGCCCGCCGGCUACGGCCUGGGCCCCGGCUCGCCCGGCGGCUACGCGCUGCCCGCGUCGUGCGCCUCGCACUCGCCCAGCGGCUCGUCGGCCAAGUCCGAGCCGGUGUCUCCGGGCCCGCCCGCCAUGAAGCGCGAGUACGAGCCGUCGCAGCUGAAGCGCGAGUUCGGCCACAUGGGGCAGGCGCUGCCGCACGAGCUGGCCAUGAAGCGGGAGUACGGCCAGCAGGACCUCAGCCACAUCAUCAACAUGUACCACGUGCCCGACGAGCAGCGCUACGCCGCGGCCAACGAGCGAGCCAUGCCGCUCAUCUGAGAGUCGCCCUUCGCGUGCGAGAUCGACAUCCCGCCGCUCUGAGCCGCCGGCUCGCACGCGCCAGAGACUCUCGAACCCCGGUUAGGGCAGUGAUCGUACAUACUACUGGGUAUGUCUCUUUAUUUGUUUUAUAUGUUAGUGUUACGGGACUGUUGACUGUGGCGUGAAGAUUGCCGCCGACGGCGCGCCGUUCGAUUUAAUGUUGUUGAUUAAUCUUGUAUAAUAUUAUGAUUAUUGUAUUUUUUCAUCGUUUAAGUUAAAUAUUCUAAGUUGUGUCGAGAGGACGGAAGCGGUGUGAUAUUGGAAUGGAAGACGAUGUAGUGAAAGAGAUUAUUUGAAUACCAAAAAAAUUGAUCAAUUUGUAAAUAUAGUGUUAAAUAUUAGAUGAAGUUGAAACUUGAGUUAGUACCGUUAGCGGAUAGUGUAAGAAGUGCCACGGCGACACGCGCUCCGUCGUGAAUUGUACAAAGUAUUUGUUAUAUUGAAACGAAAGUUAAGCCUCUAAAGACUAAAAAUAUUGUAAUACAAAAAUGUACAGUGAGUGUUACAUAGUCAGUGGACACAAAAUAUAUUGAAAAGAAGAUGAAGUUAUCAAUAAACGACGCGUUAAAAUUGUA